AUUAUUAUAUUUUAAUUUUUAACCACAUAUUUUAUUYGUACUACAGCACAAUAUUAAUAUCGACAAAUUAUCAAUACUGAAUUCAAGUAAAUCGACAGCAAUAGAAAGGCGCACUAUGACUGUGCAUUAGAUUAUUGGAAUUUCGGUAUUUAUAUUUUUUUUUUUCUGAUUUUAAUGUUUGUGAGCUGCUUCAAGAAAAAUGUCGAGCAUUUACGCAGAGAAGAAACCGAGUGAUCGAUCCAGGUGGAUAUGCAUAUACCCAGCGUAUUUGAAUAACAAAAAAACGUUGGCCGAGGGACGUAUUGUGCCGAAAAAAUUUGCAGUGGAAAAUCCCACUUACCAAGAGAUCCUCGAAGUGGUCAAGGCGUCYGGUUUCAAUGCCGAAGCCGAAAACAAGCAGUAUUCYCGUGAAUGUAGCAAGGAAUGGCACUUCCGUGGUCGGAUACGAGUACAACUUAAGAACGAUGACGGAACACCUUUCAACCUAGCAUUUCCUUCGAGAGAGAGUUUGAUGAAACAUUGUGGUGUGCAAAUACCGAAACUAAAAAGUCGUGUCAUGAAGGUAGCMGGACCCGAACAACAAACCAAGAAUGAACCGAGUGGAAGCAAAAAGAAAAAAGGACGUAAAUAGAGAACACCGCGCCAAGGAAAUAUGAUUAUAUUUAAGCUCUUGAUAUAUUUUAUUUUGUCGUGAAAAUUUAUUAUAAUAAAUACAAUGUGUAAC